AUGGAUACCGAUUAUGAAUCAGAAGGCCAAGAAACUAGCUCAAGCUUCAUCUAUUCUCACAAAGAAACCUCCCCCACCCUUUUACCGGACACUUUUUUCAACCAAAAAAAGUCGAUUUCCGAUAUCGGUUUAAGCUACAAGGCAUAUCUUUUUCUCCUGAAGCUCUCAAGAUCAGGAAGUUCAGUGACUUCCCAUUCUUUUGACACUAUUUUUCCAAUUGUUUUCAAGAUUUUUCACUUAUUGCUACUUUCUGACAUAGAAAUUGUGCUUUGGGAGAUCUAUCUGGACAGGUUUGGAUGGCAGGCAUCCUAUGCGAGAUUGAAGGAGUCCUUGCUAUUUGCAGCUUAUGCAGCGAAAUGUGUACUUAACGAAAGCACCGCGGAGGUAUUGGAAAACCUUAAGAGUGAGCCUCAAUGGAAACUUGACGGGUAUAUAAACUGACUAGAAAAUUUUCAGAAUAUGAUAAAUGUAGAUUUCUAUGAAUUAAAUGUCAAAUAUAAUGAACUAAGUUAUGCAGAAGUUAGAGUAGAGGUUAAAGAAGACGAUGUUGAUUAUAAUUUAGCUGUGGACGAACUCAUAGAAAGCACGCUGGAGACCCAGAAAAGGAGGAAAUCAGAAUUGUAG